AUCCUGCUGGAGCCGGUUCAAAAGAUCCGGCAAAAGGAGGAGGUUCUAAAGAUCCUGCAACUGGUUCAAAAGAUCCGGCCGCUAAAGGCUCUAAAGAUGGCUCCAAGGAUCCUGCGAAGGGUGGUUCAAAAGACGCCAAAGGCGGUGGAUCAAAGGACGCCGGUGGAAAAGGAGCCGGAUCAAAGGACGGCAAAGCUGAUGGGUCAAAGGAUCCAGCUGGCAAAGGCGGCUCUAAAGACGCUAAGGGCGGUUCAAAGGACGCCAAGGGCGGCGCCUCAAAAGAUGCAAAGGGGGCGAGUGCCAAGGGCGGCGGCGCUUCAAAGGAUCCGAAGGGCUCAAAGGCGGCAGGGUCAAAGGCGGGCAAGGAUGCGCCUAAAGGCUAA